AAACAAAGAAAAAAAUAAAGUGUAUUUAAAAAAAUCAAUAAAAAUAAAAAUAAUAAAGUGAUGCACUUUAGCAAAACCUUCACAUCCCACCCCUCAUUCAUCCAUCCAUCAAUGGUGUGCUUCUAACUGGGUGGAGCUUUACGCAAUCCCAUUAUACCUUCCAUCUUCAUCCUUUCAUUUCUAUCAAUUAUUAUCAUCCAUCCUUAAAUUCUAUUAUUUUUAUUAUUUUCGUUAAAUUAAAAUUAUAGUAUUCUCUAACACAAAACACACACACACCCUUUGAACCACCACAACAAAAUCAAUAACCCCUUUUUUAAACCCCAAUUUUUCUCUAUAUUUCUUUUCAAGUUUCAAUUUUUUUAACAACCCAUUAAAAUUUUCUUCAUGGGUAAUAGUGGUUCUAACAAUCGUCGGAGACACGGUGGCGGUGGAGGUGGUCGCCGAGUUCAUCCUCCGGUCACUCCUCCUCCACCUCCGCCACCGGAAGCUACGGCGAACCAAUUUGUUUACCCUGCUGGUCCUACGCCGUAUCAAAACUAUCCGAAUUACUAUCCUCCGCCGGGAUCUGUUCCGAUGCCUUUGCCGGCACCGUAUGACCACCAUCACCGUGUUGCGAUGGACCCAAUGUGGGGCCGCUAUCCAGCACCGCCACCUGCACCUUAUGUGGAACAUCGGAAAGCGGUUACUAUAAAGAAUGAUGUUAACAUCAAGAAGGAGACACUGAGGAUUGAACCUGAUGAGGAAAAUCCUGGCCAAUUUCUUGUUACUUUUACGUUUGAUGCCACUGUUUCUGGAAGCAUCACAGUACUUUUCUUUGCAAAAGAAGGUGAUGGUUGUGUCCUUAACUCGACUAAGGAAAGCGCUCUUGCACCUGUUACUAUAAAUUUCCAGCAAGGUCUUGGCCAGAAGUUUAGACAACAAUCUGGAACUGGUAUCACUCUUUCAAUGUUCGAGGAAUCCGAGUUAUUGAAAGUGGGCGACCUAGACGUCUAUCCUGUAGCAGUUAAAGCAGAUGCAUCUUCCGGUGACGUGAAAGGAACAAAUGAAACUCCAACAUCUGGUAAUAAAACAAAUACAAACUCUCAGAUAACUCAAGCAGUGUUUGAGAAGGAGAAAGGAGAAUUCCGGGUGAAGGUUGUUAAGCAGAUAUUGUUGGUGAAUGGAAUGAGGUAUGAGCUGCAGGAGAUAUAUGGUAUUGGAACUUCAGUAGAGAGUGACUUGGAUGGGAAUGACCCCGGAAAAGAGUGUGUUAUCUGCUUAUCAGAGCCUCGCGACACAACUGUCCUUCCUUGUCGCCACAUGUGCAUGUGUAGCGGAUGUGCAAAGGUUUUAAGGUUCCAGACAAAUAGAUGUCCAAUAUGCAGACAACCAGUUGAGAGGCUGUUGGAGAUCAAAGUUGGGCCUGAACCUGCCGAGUCCGAGGAGUGAAGAAGAUAAACUGUUACUGACAACCCAAGCUUCCUGUACAGUCCAAAUGUUAUAUUAUAGUUAAUGUAUUUCACUUACUUUCUUCAUGUUUUUCCAAUAAUAAAAUAAAAAUAGAAAUAUGAAUAUAUAUGCAUGACAUUCUGUUUGACAUGGAUUGGUUGUUGGCAUUGCACCUGACUGUAUAAGCAAAUGCCUCCACUCCACCAUGCUUGUUUAGUUUCGCUUCUUCUAACUUCUAAAUGGCUUCAAUGUAAUUUAAUGUGUUUCUCA